AACUGUUAGCCUGCUCACGUUUCUCUCCCUCCCAAAAAUAGAACUUGACCCCUUUCAUAACAGAAAAGCCUUUCUGUUCCUCUCAUCUUCUUCCUUCUUGUAGCCCCUUGCCACUUCUCCAUACUUCCCUAUCCUCUGAGUUGGGGGAGGUAGGAGGAGAAGAUGGCCCGUAUGCUGGUUCCUUCAAUGCAAUGUCAAAUGGGAAUGACAAGCAACUCUAUUCAAGCUCGGCCCAUCAUCACCACAAAGUCAUGGAAUUCUCUUCUGUUAAAUUCUCAAAGGCCUAAGACUAAGAAGAGCACCUCUACCUUCAAGGUGCUUGCUCUGAAGUAUGACAACAAUGGUACUGUGUCAAGGUUGGAGAACCUGCUUAACAUGGACAUCACCCCAUUUACUGACAAAAUUAUCGCCGAGUACAUCUGGAUUGGAGGAACAGGCAUUGACAUCCGAAGCAAACCACGGACAAUUCCCAGGCCUGUGGAACACCCAUCAGAGCUACCAAAGUGGAAUUAUGAUGGAUCAAGCACUGGGCAAGCUCCUGGAGAAGAUAGUGAAGUCAUUUUAUACCCCCAAGCUAUUUUUAGAGAUCCAUUUCGAGGAGGCAACAACAUCUUGGUAAUAUGUGAUUGUUAUACACCAAGUGGAGCACCCAUUCCUACCAACAAACGUUACAGAGCUGCUCAGAUCUUCAGUGAGAAAAAGGUCAUUGAUGAAGUCCCUUGGUAUGGGAUAGAGCAAGAGUAUACCUUGCUCCAACCAAAUGUGAAGUGGCCUCUAGGCUGGCCUGUGGGAGGAUAUCCAGGUCCCCAGGGCCCCUACUACUGUGCGGCUGGGGCAGACAAGUCAUUCGGGCGUGACAUAUCAGAUGCUCAUUAUAAAGCUUGCUUAUAUGCCGGAAUCAACAUCAGUGGUACUAAUGGGGAGGUUAUGCCUGGCCAGUGGGAGUAUCAAGUUGGACCAAGUGUGGGGAUCGAAUCAGGAGACCAUAUAUGGUGUUCUAGAUACAUUCUAGAGAGAAUCACUGAACAAGCAGGCGUGGUGCUCUCCCUUGAUCCAAAACCAAUAGAGGGUGACUGGAAUGGUGCAGGAUGUCAUACCAAUUUCAGCACUAAGAGGAUGCGAGAAGAUGGUGGUUAUGAAGUAAUAAAGAAGGCAGUUCUCAACCUCUCUCUCCGGCACAAGGAACACAUUAGUGCAUAUGGGGAAGGAAAUGAGCGGAGGUUGACAGGGAAGCAUGAGACAGCCAACAUAAACACCUUCUCUUGGGGUGUGGCCAAUCGUGGCUGCUCUAUUCGUGUCGGACGUGAAACUGAGAGACGAGGCAAAGGCUACUUGGAAGAUCGUCGACCAGCUUCAAACAUGGACCCAUAUGUGGUGACCUCUAUGCUGGCAGAAACAACAAUUCUGUGGGAGCCAACUCUUGAAUCUGAGGCUCUAGCUGCUAAGAAGUUGCAGUUACAGGUUUGAAGCCUGAAAGUGGUUUGGAGGGGGGAAUGAAGCAAAAAUUAUCCGUCCAUCCACAGUUGAUACCACCUCUAUUGAUGUUCUCUGACAUAUUUAUAGUCUCAUUUUUCUUUUCCUUUGUUUGGUUGGUUCAGUAAUUUUUUAAUAAUUUGGCCUUCUCUUUUCUUUUUGAAUUUCAAGACAGAAUAUAAAUUGUCAGCAAGUUCUAUACUGCCAAUUGGAGAAUUUCUUCCGAUGUUCCUUUU